AUGUCACGAAACCACUACCGCGACGAGUUCUCGCAGGCCGAGAGCUCAAUCGAAACACUGACCGCAUCUAUCUCGCUCCAUGACACGAGGAUCGAGCACCGACGUUCGCGACGAGAUCGUCAGCGGCGCGAGCAUGAGAGAGAUCAAGAGCUCAUGCAGCUUCUCCAGGAGAAAGCCGCAAUCGAGGACCUACUGGAUAGAGCAAGGGACAGAGCAGCCAGAGCUAUGAGAGAGAUUCAUGCGGAGGAGGCGAGGGAGCGUUCUGGGAGGAGGAUGAGCUUCGACAUGACAGAAACCACCUUCGUUGUCAACGACAACAUCUUCCCAACGACUCGAGACUUCGAGACUGGAGGUAAUUCAUACUCUUACCUGCGUCCUAUCUAUGAGGAGCGACGUCCCGCAUAUGAACGUUCGCGUCCGCGUUACGAAGAACGCCGACCAGACUACGCUCGCGAUACCUUGCCGACUCGUUCGCCGUAUGACGAGCCUGCCCCUCGCUCUCAUCGAUCGCGGCACGGCGACUAUAAUGGACCCGACGAUUAUCCUCCAUUCCCGCCCCAAAACUCCCGACGUGAGGAAGCUCGAUCUAGCUCUCAUCGUUCACGUCAACAAGAGUCGCGACCUGAGCCAUCCCGUGAUGCACGCCAGGGUGAGCCUCAAUCUCGUUCUCAGCGCUCGCGUUACGGCGAUCACCUCCGACCGGACGACAUCCCGCGCGGUGAAGAACAUCGUUCUAGCUCUCAUCGUUCGCGUCAAGAAGAAUCUCGUUCCAGCCAUCACGAGUCCCGGUCUGGUUCACACCGCUCACGCCACGACGACGACCGUCAAUCUAGGUCUGACCACUCACGCCGAGAAGAGUCGAGAUCCCAUCGCUCACGCAAAGAAGACUCUCGACCAAACGCUUCUCAACCAAAAGACGGAGCACCUCGAACCUCAACCCACCACAAAACCUCUUCUUCGUCCCACCGCAACGACAAACCGUCCUCAUCCUCCAGGUCUCACACCAAACAACAAACCUCAUCCAGAACCGCCCGACAACCCACCCAAUACGCCACAGGCCUCGACAUCCUAAACUGGUACGCCUCACUCACGACCGCUCUCUCCUCAGACUCUAUCCCGAAACUCACCAAAUUCCCCUACCCACCUGUCACGCCUUGCACGACCGCAGACUGCACUUCCUCCUUCGCACUCGAUCGUAUGAAUCCUGCUUGCGACUGCUCCAUCAAGGACACUUUCCGCACACUAAAGGUCGACCCGAGCAAGGAGAAGCGCCGUUUCCAUCCGGACAAGUUCUCGGCGGUGCAGGAUAGUAAGAAGCGAGAGGAGAUGCAGAACGCAGCGAGAGAGGUGUUUGUGGUGUUGGGCGGGAUGAGCAAAUAG